GGCAACAUAAACUGUCAUGGCCGCCGUCAUGGUUCACAGUAGUCAUACAAUUAGCAAUUAGGAUAUGUUCAAAUUAAUAUCGUUAAUCGUGUGGUGGAUACUAUAGCAGACAUUUAUUAUUUUUUUUAGACUCUUUUAAUAGAUAAAGGCAGAAGUUCUGUGACCGGUACCGUUUUUACGCCUGUUUCAACAUGAGGACUGUUCUGAUGGUGGCAGAGAAGCCCUCGUUGGCUCAGUCUAUCUCCAAAAUCCUCUCCAAAGGAAACUGUACAAGUCGUAAAGGACUGAACGGAGCAUGCUCAGUACACGAGUACACUGGCAGCUUCCAGGGUCAGAGUGUUCGCUUUAAGAUGACCUCAGUCUGUGGUCACGUGAUGAGUCUGGACUUCAUUGGGAAGUACAACAACUGGGACAAGGUGGAUCCUGCAGAACUGUUCAGCAAAGCUCCCACAGAGAAGAAGGAGGCCAACCCCAAACUCAACAUGGUCAAGUUCCUCCAGGUUGAAGCCAGAGGCUGUGACUACGUAGUUUUAUGGCUGGACUGUGAUAAAGAAGGCGAGAACAUCUGUUUCGAGGUGCUGGACGCCAUCCAGCCCGUGAUGAACAAGUCCAGUGGCCGAGAGAAGAGCGUUUACCGAGCCAAAUUCAGCUCCAUCACUGACACCGACAUCUGGAACGCUAUGAACCGCCUGGGAGAACCCAACCGCAACGAAGCCCUGUCGGUGGACGCACGGCAGGAGCUGGAUCUGCGCAUUGGAUGUGCCUUCACUCGCUUCCAGACUAAGUAUUUCCAGGGUAAAUACGGAAACUUGGACUCGUCCCUGAUCUCCUUUGGACCAUGUCAGACCCCGACGCUGGGCUUCUGUGUGGAACGUCACGAUAAGAUCCAGUCCUUCAAACCUGAGACUUACUGGGUCAUCCAGGCGAAGGUUUUCAAAGGGAAGGAGAGCCCGCUGACACUGGACUGGAACCGGGUCCGGGUCUUUGACAGGGAGGUGGGACAGAUGUUCGUCAACUUGGCCAAAACGUCCAGGGAGGCCCAGGUGGAGUCAGUGAGUAAGAAAGAGAAGGCGAAGCAGAGGCCUCAGGCUUUGAACACAGUGGAGAUGCUCAGAGUGGCCAGUUCUGCCCUCGGCAUGGGUCCCCAGCAUACGAUGCAGAUCGCAGAGCGUCUGUACACGCAGGGCUACAUCAGCUACCCCCGUACUGAGACCACCCAGUACCCGGAGAACUUUGACCUGAAGGGAACCCUGAAGCAGCAGGCCAACAGCCCCUUCUGGGCGGAGGAGGUGAAGACUCUGCUUUCUGCUGGAAUAAACCGACCCAGGAAAGGAACAGAUGCUGGAGACCACCCACCCAUCACCCCCAUGCGGGCGGCGUCAGAGGGGGAACUAGGAAGUGACGGCUGGCGUCUCUACGAGUACAUCACACGGCAUUUCAUCGCCACUGUCAGUCAGGACUGCAAGUAUCUACAGACCACCAUCGACUUCAACAUCGGAGGAGAGUCCUUCUCAUGUAGCGGCAAAACGCUGAUAUCACCAGGUUACACGGCGGUGAUGCCGUGGCAGGGAAUCCCUCUGGAGGAGGCCAUGCCGGUUUGUGAACGCGGAGACGCUUUCACCGUGGACGAGAUCAAGCUGGUGGAAAAGCAGACGAAUCCGCCGGACUACUUGACGGAGGCCGAACUCAUCACCCUCAUGGAGAAACACGGCAUCGGUACGGAUGCGAGCAUCCCCGUCCACAUCAACAACAUCUGCCAGAGAAACUACGUAACGGUGGAGAACGGACGCAAACUGAAGCCCACCAAUCUGGGCAUCGUUCUGGUGCACGGCUACUACAAGAUAGAUGCUGAGCUGGUGUUGCCCACCAUCCGCAGUGCGGUGGAGAAGCAGCUGAACCUCAUCGCUCUGGGAAAAGCCAACUUCCAGCAGGUCCUGCAACACGCACUCGACAUAUUCAAGAGGAAGUUCCACUACUUUGUGGAUUCCAUCACCAGCAUGGAUGAGCUGAUGGAGGUGUCCUUCUCCCCCAUCGCUGCCACUGGAAAACCCCUGUCCCGCUGUGGGAAGUGUCACCGCUUCAUGAAGUACAUCCAGGCCAAGCCCAGCAGACUCCACUGUUCCCACUGUGAUGAGACCUACAGCCUCCCCCAGAACGGAGCCAUAAAACUGUACAAGGAGCUGCGCUGUCCUCUGGACGACUUCGAGCUGGUUCUGUGGACGUCCGGAGCCCGAGGGAAGAGCUACCCACUGUGUCCAUACUGCUUCAGCAACCCCCCCUUCAGAGACAUGAAGAAAGGUAUGGGCUGUAAUGAGUGCACCCACCCCUCCUGCCAACACUCGCUCAACUCUCUGGGGAUUGGACAGUGUGUGGAAUGUGACUCGGGGGUCCUGGUGCUGGACCCCACCUCUGGACCCAAGUGGAGGAUGGCCUGUAACAAAUGUAACGUGGUGGUUCAUUUCUUUGAACACGCGCAUCGAGUUCAGGUUGCUCAGGACAGUUGUGAUGCCUGUGAUGCCUCUCUGGUUGCCGUGGACUUUAAUAAAACUCGCAGUCCUCUUCCUGCCGGUGAAACCCAACACACCGGCUGCGUCUUCUGCGAUCAGAUCUUCCAGGACCUGGUGGAGCUCAAACACGCCACCAUGAGGCACCCCAUGCACCGGGGCGGGGGGGGCGCGGCGAGGGGGGCGGGGACGAGGACGGGGGCGCCGCGGCAACCCCAAGAAACCUAAAGACAAGAUGGCGGCGUUGGCGGCGUACUUUGUAUAGUUGGAUGUGUUUGUGUCGUCAGUGGACUUUACAUGUGAAUGGAAUUAAACCCAAAAGUAAAACCUGUGAGAAAAACAAAUGAAGUGUUUCUCAUCUUUCUGAUGCACUCAAAUAGUUUUUGCCAGAUUUGAAAAAGUCCACAGUUUCUUUAUUCUUUGCCAAAAUAGAAGAACAGACUCCAGGGCUUGAAUGUGAUUGUCCUAAUUAAAGCCUUAAUUAU